AUUCGUAAGAGAUAGUAGCUAACUGGAGGGUAUUCAGAUGCCAUUUGAACCGCUCUUUUAAGUUUUCUAAUCAUCAAUAUUAUAUCCCGGACUAACAGUGAAUUAAUGUGGCUAACAGAUGAAUUUUUAACACCCGUUUCCCUGAUGAGUCGAAAUAAUUAUUUAGUGUUACCCAUCGCUGCCAUCUUUUCUAACUCCUUUGCUUCCAAAUCUUACCACUGCACACGAUCAUUCCGUACGCCUUUGAUUAGUCAAAAACUGAGCUGUUGCCACUAUUCAUUGUUCUCUAAGCAUGUUUGUUCGGAUUUUUAGCAUUUACUUAUUCACUAGAUGCCCAUAUACAUGCCAAGGACUCCCCAAAAUAAACCAACCAGUCCACAUCAAUGCAGGGCCUGGGACAAAUGAGUUUAAGUUUAAAAUGAAACACCUCGUAUUAGAACAGCAAGAACGAAAAUUUACAGGACAGGAAGUCAAAGAGGAUAAACGAUGUCAACUGGUAUCUAAAAAUUUAGAAUACAGAUUAAUAAGGAUGAAACAAUUAAAUCAAGGAAUAGAAAUGGCACUUUUACCCAAACUUUGGGAGAUUAUAGUAGAUGGUUUCAACUGCUUUACCAAAGACGAUCCUGAACCAUUCUGCCCAGCACCUUCAAUUAUUGAUCAAAAUACUAUGUAAGUUUAA